AUGGCGGUGACACGGACGUGCUCGACUUCACCGACGAGGACGUUGUACCGAGUCGAGACGGCUGUACGGGCCACUCAGACUCUGUUCGUGCCCGAGUUGGUGCCAAUCGCACCCCGGAUUGUCACGAAUUGGGUGGUCACCAGCCAGUGUAAUGAUAGACGAUGUUGGCCUGUCACGACCCCUGUUCGAACCCCGAUGCCUGGUUCAUCGGCGACGCGUACUAGGACCGUGUACAGAGGCAAUAGUGGAACCACUACCCGUAGAAUCCCUACCGCGACGCUGUACGGGACGUCAUGUUCCACAACGACUGUAAUUCCGGCGACUAGGACGACACUGUUUCCCGGUAGCAGCAAAGCCACCACUAUCCCUCCCGGUUCAGGCUCCUUCGAUUCGUCGACGCUCACUGACACCAGUUCAAGAACGCUCGCUACUGGGAUCGACAUCAACAAUCCCGAUGGCUCUAAUUCGCCUAGAAGACUGAAUAUCGGUGCUGUUGUAGGGGGUCUCCUUGGAGGGUUUCUCACUCCCAUCCUUCUCGUAUUCUUGGUUCGUUAUCUCAUUAAGCGACGACGGAGGACCCGAGGAAGGUCGGGACUCACCAGCCCAACACCCACGAUGCGUUCGAUCUAUAGCGGCGGCGGCUUUCCUCCACUGUACCAGCGACCACUCUCACCGGCUACGACCCUAUAUCGUUCACCUACGACGAGCGACCAUGGUCACUACGGCAGCUUCAACCCGUUCGACCCCCAGAAUCUCGACCGCCGGAUAUCGAAGACCUCGCGCAUGAGCAGAGCGUCUCACGACCGACGUGGUGGCGCGCCUAGUCCCGCCAGCAGUUCUCAUGGGCACGAAUCGCAGACCCACCAUGUGGUCAGACGACCUUCGAUGGUGCAUUACGCCGCCCAGCCUCAUCCGCCAGUGGCGUUCAACGGAGGAAGAGCCGCUAGUCCCGUUGCACCGAAUAUGCGAUCUCCGUCUCCGGUGCAGGCCUACGGAGGAGCGAUGUUUGUCUCGCCUUAUGAGUCUCGGCGGGCGGCUAGUCCCGCUGCUAUCAGAGACUAUGGCCAGUACUCGCAUCCUCAAGGGGCGCCGGUCUCUCCUUAUGAUUUCCGGGGAGGUGGGCCUAGUCCCAUUACCAGUCCCGUUGCGACGCCCCAACAAGAAACCCCACCACAUGCCGGGGAUGGGUAUGUUGUCGGAGCACCUCUUCCGAGCGUGGAUGAGCAUGCUCCCUUGUCACCACCUUCGGAGGGGAACUUGACAACCUCCUCGGCCCGAACAGCUGUGCAUUUCCAUCCAAUGACCGCACCAAGCAGUGUGCAAUCUCAUAGCCCUGACGACCCUACUUCUAGUACCAAUGUUAAUGACUCGGAAAGGACGAAAGCACGGACAAGGACACCUCCCUCACAAUGA